ACAUCACACUAGCCUAUUGCUACUUCCCUUAUAUAAAUAGUAAGUGACAUUUGCAUAGUUGCACACUCACUCCAUUCUAUAUGCAAGUUAAAUAAUUAAUAAACCAAAGAAAAAUGUGUGGUGCUAGAGUACUUUUGACAAUGUCACUACUAGUAGUUACCUUAGAAUUUCUUAGUGUCUCACCUGUUGAGUCAUGCCCUCCUUCUGAAUGGGCAGCACUAAUGUCUUUCAAAGCAGCUCUCAAUGAACCUUACUUUGGAAUCUUCCAUUCAUGGAGAGGCACCAAUUGUUGUUACAAUUGGUAUGGUAUUAGUUGCGACCCAACCACACGUCGAGUCGCAGAGAUCACCCUCAACGGUCUCACCGUGGGGGACAACCACCGGCGCUAUAGGCGUACCAAAACCGUGGAAAGUGGAUACAUGACUGGACACAUUUCCCCAUCAAUUUGCAACCUCACACAACUCUCUAGCAUUACCAUCUCCGAGUGGAAGGGCAUUUCGGGAAAUAUCCCUGAAUGCAUCACAACCCUCAGUUUUCUUCAAAUCAUAGAUCUCUCUGGAAACUAUAUUUCUGGAAAGAUUCCAUAUGAAAUAGGGCGCCUUACCCAACUUACAAUGCUCAACCUUGCAGAGAAUCAUAUCUCUGGAAAGAUUCCAAACACUCUUAUAAACCUCUUUAACUUAAUGCAACUUGAUCUUCGUAACAAUGCUUUGGAGGGCCCCAUUCCCGGGAACAUCGGCAAACUCAAAAAGUUGAACCGGGCAUUACUAAGUCACAACCGGAUAAACGGUCGAAUUCCACGAUCUUUUUCAAAUAUUUACGGGCUGGCAGACUUGGAUCUAUCGUUGAAUAGGUUAUCCGGUCCAAUUCCAUUUUCGUUGGGACAAAUGUCAGUUCUGGACUCACUAAACCUGAAGUAUAACAACUUGACGGGGAGGAUCCCGAAGACUUUGUUGGCAUCGAGACUGAGCCAUUUGGAUUUGAGUAGAAAUGCUUUGAGGGGACCUAUACCGGACGUGUUUAGUGAAACCUCGUAUUUCAUAAACCUUGAUUUGUCGUUUAAUCAUUUGAAUGGUUUGAUUCCCAAGUCUAUGGCAUUAGCCUUGUACAUUGGCCACACGGACUUUAGUCACAACCAUCUCUUUGGGAGGAUUCCGGCUGUUCCUUCCUUUAGCCACCUUCAACAAGCAUCGUUUGAACACAACCAACGCCUUUGCGGCAAACUACUUAAACCAUGCACUGAUGAUCUCAUACACAUACAUGAAUAAAUAUGUUGGGUUUGGUUUCUCCUUACGCCUCUUUACUAUAUUAAAAUUUGUCACGUUUUUUAAAGUGUAUUUCUGAGGGACACAAAAUGUUCAGAAUCACAUAUCUGACAUACUAGUACAAAAUUUAGUGAUUUUCUAGAUGUAUACUUUGGAAGUUAAGCCUUUGUAAUUUAUUGUGUCUUUAAAGUUUUAAACGUGCAAUAUAUAUUGUUUUGGAUUGAAACUAAUCUAUUUCCAUCUCUCCUUUUUAUGUUUCUUCAAUUUUAUAUAUACACAAAAGUUUAGUAUAAAGUGUAUCAUUAGAUAUUUACUGAAAUGUACUAUACUAGAUUUCCGACCCGUGCAACGCAC